UUCAUGCAGAAAAGCAAGCAAAUUUUCUUUAUGGCACGUUCAAAGCAAACCGCUUGUAAGUUAAGUUGUGCUGGUGCAAGGAAGCGAGUUGACACCAAUGCUGAACUUAAGUUUAAACUAGCUACAAUUGGAGUUAAGAAGGAACAUCGAUAUCAUCUUGGAACUAUUGCACUUCUUAAGAUUAGGAGAUACCAGAAGAGUACUAAGCUCUUGAUAAAAAAGCUUCCUUUCCAAAGGUUGGUCCGUGAAAUUGUUCAGAACAUCAAGAUUGAUAGUCGUUUCCAGAGCCGUGCUGUUUUUGCAUUGCAGGUGACUUCUGAGACAUACCUUGUUGGUCUCUUUGAGGAUGCUAAAUUGUGUGCUAUCCAUGCUAAGCGAGUCACUAUUAUACCUGAGGAUAUACGAUUGGCGAGAAGGAUCCGUGGUGAAUGUGAUUAAGGAUGUUGAGUUUCAAGGUGAUAUUUAGAUCGAUGGCUAGUUUUUUUGCUGUUAAAGUGAUUUAAAGCAAUGAGAAAUAACGUCUACUCAUAGACUAAUUAAUA